GGGCACGGAGAAACUGCCUCGCCUGUGAGGAAGCCGUGUCGAGCCAAGAUUGGAGAAAUCCAGGGAGGUUGGAUCACCGGAGGUUCUGGUUUUUGUGACCAAGCAAUUGUUUCCAAGCGGUGAUUUUGAGAGGCUGUUGCCUGUCCCGUGACGCACAUGAAUGAACAUCCAUUCAGGGGGGGCCCUGUCCCAUCCUGUCCCUUUGCGGGCCCGAGGUUUGCCUCAUCCGGGGGGAGACCCGUCUGAGGCCUCAUGACUGACGAAGGGGAGGCAAAUCUCACGGAAGAGAGGAAUCAGAUCAAGCAGCUACAGAGUGACUUAGCGCGGAAGCGAGAGCAGCUCGAUCGCCUGCGUCAGCGGAAGGUGGCCUUCGAUGAUGAGCUGAAGCAACGCUCACAGGAGCUUAAUAGUGUCAAGGAGGAUCACCGGUUUGCUCAGAAGAAGGCACAGAAGGCUUCCCAGUACGAUGCGUCGCAGAAGACGGCGGAGGCGGAGAGUCACUUCAUGAACGAAGAGGUCAAGCGCUUCUUGCAGGAAAGGAUACCCUCCUUGGCCCCACCGCAAGAAGAGCCGGAGAGCGUGGAUCAAGGCAUUGCUGAGGUGGACGUCACACAGGGCGAGGAUCCCAGCAAGAGCUUGCAUGACACUGUGCUGGUGAGCUACGUGAACUUUUCCGGAGACAAGAAGGAUGAGGACUACAAGGUCUCCUACCGGAUCGACCACUCCAUCACGGUGGCCGACUUGUUGAAAGACGCCUGCAACUACUGGGGGUGCUCGAGGCAUGACUACACUCUCUGCAAGAUUGAGAACGAAGAGCCCAAGAACCUCGAGCACUUCAUGGAUGAUUUCCUUCAGAAGGAUCACAUCUUAAGCCCACAAGAGAGUUCUCAUCUGCAUUUAGUGCGGAAGAGCGACAUGAUCCAAUUCCAGGCCACCCACGAGCGGCGGCAGAAGGACAAGAAGGGCGAGGCAGAUCUUCGGGGGGAAGAAGCUCAUUACCUUGAAGCACGGCUUGGGCAAUGCCACAGCUGA